GAAACAAAAUGCAGAAAUCUGCUGGAAUAAUAAAAAUGGAAACUCGCAGUCUAUAGUCAUGCGCAUUUUGUUCGCAUGACUAGACUGAAUUUCAAGAAUAUCGUAUUAUUAUAUUAAAUACUUCAGGAAUAUUUUUAACACAGGUGAAAUAUAAAUUUAAUAUUGCAGUACAAACUCUGUUGAUUGUUGAAAACACUUCAUUUGUAAUUAUCGAAAAGCAAGUGAAAAAUAUUUGAAAAGCAUAAAAAUGAAUCCACCCAAAUAUUUACGAGACAUUAAAUUGGAAGUUCCAUGGGGACACAUAGCUGCAAAAACAUGGGGCAUGGAAAGUGGAAAACGUGCUUUACUUGUUCAUGGAACAUUGGACAACGCUGGAGCCUUCGAUAGACUGCUUCUCCUCUUGCCGAACAAUUUUUACUACGUAGUUGUUGAUUUACCGGGUCAUGGAUAUUCUUCUCCAUUUCCAUCAGGAACACUACUUGGUUUUUUUGAUUAUGUGUUGGCAAUAAGACUUAUACUUGACAAACUGCAGUGGCAAAAUUGUAUUUAUGUGGGUCACAGUUUUGGAGCACAAUUAGGACUUCUCACAAGUAUAUUAUAUCCUGGAAGGAUAACCAAAAUAGCUUGUCUGGAUGGACUUAUACCAGUACCAAUAAGACCCAAGGACAUAGCAAAGAGGAUUAAAAUGUUGCAUGAAAUAGUAAUCCGAUCAAUCAGUAACGACAAAGCGCCGCUUUAUACAGAAGAUGAAAUGCUGUACGCUCUCAAGUUUAGAAGAAAUUUUGCACUAACCAGUGAAGCAGCACAAGCUCUAUUAGAAAGAGGAAGAAUCAAGGUUGGAAAUCUCUUCAAGUUUAGUCGUGAUUAUCGAUUGAGAGAAUUCGUCAAUCCCCUUUUAGAUUUGAAACACUACCAGGAACUUUUUAAAAACUUGAAAAUACCUGUACUUUUGAUCUAUGCCGAAUGGUCCUGGCUUGACAAAUCAUACACCAACGAAGAUAUUAUUGAUGCAAAAACAAUGUUGGGUGCCAAUUUUACACUGGUCGAAGUUAGUGGUAAUCACGAUGUACACAAUAAUAAUCCUGAAAUCAUUGCACCUCAUUUGAGGAAAUUCAUGGAUGACACACCGAAGAGCAGAUUGUAAAGUUUGAUUGGAUAUUAUGAGCGAUGGGAUGGGUGUGGUAAUGAGUCUAUGAUGAUAAAUGUUUUCUUUGAAAACAAAUGACAUUCAUAUUUAUAUUCUGCUGUUCUGUAAAAACUGCAAAAAAAUUUAGAAAAUUUCAGUAAUCUUUAAAAGAAAAUUUCAGAAUCUUUUUUUUGGUUUUUGAAAUUUUCUAGUCAAAUCGAGAGCAGGGAUCUCGUGAAAGAAUUACCCAACUCAUUUUAGUUAAAAAAACGUUCUUUAGAUUUUUUUAGAUUGUUGUAACACAUACGAAAUUUCGGAAUCCUCGUUCAGUUAGAAUUUCAGACAAAAGCAUAAAUUCUAUAUCGAGAACUAAAGUUGGUUGGAUGAAUGGAAGAAAUGGAGAUAUCUAAAGAACGUCUUUGAUGCAAUUUUUUUUUUCAGUUAUUUGAACCAUAAAAAGCCUAAGGAAGUUUGACAACAAAACACAUUUCGUUCCAAAUAUUCUGUUUUCAGUAUUUCCGCUUGUCGAAAAAUGAAACGUUUUUUACAGAAACUCGCAAAUUAUGUAUAAGAGGUGAUAGGGAGAUUAAGUGGGGAUCUCAACAUUGUACGGGUGCGCUCAAGUAAAAAAAAAAUUGAUUCGUAAUUUUUUUGCCACAUUGAUGCGUUCAUCUUUGGGCUCGAUAUUUUUGUUUUGUCAGAUUGGACAACAGUAUUAUAGAAAACUUUAACUCAAAUAACAUUUAUGGAUUGUAAUAUAAUACAUAAUAAAACUUCGUUCUAAUGUUGAAGAUGAUAAAAGUAAAUGCUUUUAUAAAUUUUGAUGUAAUAAAUGGGUAUUUUUGAAAGACUUGAAAUAUAAAAAUUGAAAAUCA